AUGUUUGCGACAGCCAGGAAAAUCGUCUCCCAGAAUGGAAUAUUGGGGCUCUGGCGUGGCUACUCCAUGGGCGCCACUCGAGAAGGCAUAUUCUGCAGCUCUUACAUUGCCAUCAACCCUUUGAUCAAGACUUGGCUGCUGCAAAAGCGACCU